CCACGUUUAUAAAAGAGGUGUGGGUGACGAUGAAGGAGUCCCGUUUUCUACUUUGAUAUUUGUUUGCUGCUGAUUAGCGCUUGCUAGCCGAGUCUAUGCUAGUUUGACAACGACGCGUUAGCGGAAAUAACGAUGCCAAUUAACCUUAGCUUGUCUCAUCCAUUUUAACAUGCUAACGUUCAUUUGUUAACUGUCUGUGCAUAUGCACAGGAGGCCGUUUAUUCAGAAGAUGGAGAACAAACUUGCUGAGAUUUGACACGGAUAUAGCAGUGUGUUGGAGCAUAUGUAGCUACGUUAUGUGCUGCAUGUGACUCGAUGUUCCCCAAAGGACAAACAAUGUGUUUGAAAAGAGGAAGAGUGUUCUCUGCUCAGCCUAAAGGGUCGUGACUGGAGGUUAGUUAUGUUUUCUCUAAGGCCCCUCUGGCUGAUACUUGCUUUGGUAAACACUGAUUCUUGCCUCCGGGAGGUUGAGUAGCAAUUCCACCCCAUUAACUCACAAUAGCAGCCACCUUAGGCUCGCGUUACAAUACCUAGUGGUUUUCACAUGCUCACUUACAUCCUCUGUCUGAUAACGUCUACUGUUACAACGCACUCAGCAAGCUGACUGCACAGUUUGAUCCAGUGGGAAAUAUGCAUGUGAAUUAUUCAGUCACCUUCUGUCAUUGCAUGGUUGUGCUCAUGCAAUCAUGAACGUUUUAAAAGCUGCACUUGUGUGAUUAUACUUUAAUGUCCAACAUCUAUCCUCUCGCACGAUUAGUACAUUUAUGAGGUAAUCUAACAUGAGUACUGCAAAUCGUACGUAAAGAGACACUCAGAAAAAGAGAAAAAGGUGUGGCAGUACCUAUAGUCACCCAUGUUCCUGCCUCAGAGCAAUAGCUAUGCAUUGAUGUUGUUAUCUGCUCUGUUGGUCAUGAGAACAGUGCAGAUCGGAGCCCAAGAGAAAGAGCCCAGCAGUGACUCCGCUCGAUGAUCUGCCUCCGUCCUCCCAGCCGUCUCCCCUUAGGCAAGGUCUCUUAGUGGCCGAUCUGUGCUUAUAAGUAACGGUGACGAUAUCAUCAUAGUAAUGCAUUUUAGGGCUUUUUACACGGUAAUGUUUUACAUGUCAAUCAAAAAAGCACCUGCACACUUUUAAGCUUGACUUCUCUGUGUGUGUGUGUGUGUGUGUGUGUGUUUGUGACACCCUUUGAUUGUACACUCUUAAGUGUAAACAUUUUGGGAUGUUUCAUGUCCGUCUACCUGCAGUUGGCUUUGUUUCUCACUCUGUGUCCUCCGUUGGAUUGUCACUUCACAUGUGCUGUGUGCUGCAUAGAGGCAAAACUACUGACAUAACUUUCCUUUCCGCUGAUGUCCCAGACCCAACGUCCUCACGCCAUUGCAGAGAGUAAGGACACAUCUAAGUUGCAAGCUUUUGGGAAUGGAACACAUAUUCAAUCCCUUGGUUGCACAUCUCAAACGUAACCUUCCUCAGCUUGAAGUACAUGUACAGACAGACCUACUAAGUGCAGCAGUGUCGGCGCUGGUCUGUUCUCUCCGAUGUCGGGGCAGGAGCGGCCUUUUUAUAGCAGCCAGGAUGCAGUCACACAGCCACUCUGCAGAGAGACUGCUGCUCUUCAAAGAACACAAUAAUAGAACAAAGACUCUUUAGCAAGGAAGCUCGGGACUGUGAGCUCUGUCUUCCACCGACUAUCAAAGUGCCUUUUUUUUCUGCUCGUCUAUUCAUGUGAUAAUGAUGCACAUCUUGGUGGGUGAAAUUUGGACUUGCUUUGUAAAGGAGGCUAUUUUGGUUGAUAGAAUGUCGGUGUUGAUUAGGGCUAAAACUAAAAGAUAUUUUCAUUAUUUGUACUUCAUCCUUUAGUGAGUAAAAUGUCAAUUUACAAACCCAAAUUGAUGUUUCAGUUGCUAAUUGAGUAUCACUAGAGGCCACAAAACAAGUGUUAUUUUUAUAUAAUGUAUAGUAUUUUGUGUAAAGACAAAAUAUACAAGCAAGCAGCUCUUUGACUUUAUUUUCAUUCACAGUAAUUUAUGGGAUAAGGCUCCCAACACAAUCAACCAUUUCUUGUCUAUUGACAGAUCUGUUGAGCAAUAGCGGUGAUUGAAUUGAUGAGAUGGCCAGAUUUGAUUUCUGUGGCUUUGACCAUGACACCAUGUGACCAGGUCUCUUCAAGAGGAAGUUGAGAUGAGAUGAGCUUUAUUGAUCCCAUGCAGGGAAGUUGAAGUGCCACAGCAGCAACAGGAAGUACAAAAACAGACCGUACAGUUGUGAGUCAACCAGUCGGACGAAGUGUUGGUUUCACAACUGAUCUAAUUCAGUGUUCGUGUAAUUUUAAUAUCCAUUAGUGUUUCCAUACGAGGAAUGGCUUCAGAGUCUUUCCCUUGAUAGAUACCAGAGAGCGACAUGUUUGAAGUGGUUUUAUUACUCCAGCUUUAACCACUUUAUAACAGAGAAGCAUACUUCAGAAGCUAAAUGAUGCCUUCUUGAGAUGUAAUUGAAAGGUGCCAGUCUAUGAGGAAUGCAUUUUUGUCUGCUGAACUCAUGCCUGUGUGUUGCUGCCUGUCUUUCCAGUGAGUAUCAGUGGGUGUCACGUGCGCAUGCUUCCACUAGAGUUUCUAUCAGUGUGCUUUAAACCACUGAGUCAUUUUAGGGGUAGAUAAACACGAGGCUGAAGGCCGUUGGUGUAAAUUGGCUGUAAAUAUGCCCGGCUAAGUGGCCUCUUUCACUUCACGGCUCUCUCCUCAGCGGUAGUGACAUUUCUCAACGUCUGUAGUUCCCGGCUUUGGGCUAUCUUUCUCUUUCCCCGCUAUGGACGGUGCGAGUCAGCUCCUGUCGUCUGCUCAGGUGUGCAGCAGUUCUAAUUGAGCAUCCAUGUCUCCCAGAAAUACAAUGUUUACCCCACUAGACGAACAAUCCAGCUAGGAGCCACCGCUGUGAGUAUUGGUCGAAGUGCAGUAUUGGUGAAUCGGAGGAUGCAACAUAUUGAUGGUUCCGCCCCUUCAGCAUUGUCAGGAGUUCAGAGAUCGCCAUCUCUGCAGUGGGUUUAUCUGAUGCACACACUGCAGUGAGGAGAGUCCUUUGAACUGACACAGUGAGGCAAGUCUGCGGAAAGAUUGGCCUCAUUAAGGCAGCACUGCAAUCAAUUUCCUUAUCGUAUUUCACUUUCGCGUGUCUUCUAUUUUGUCUAUCUUUAAUGAAACCUACAUCUUGCUUGUAAGAACUCUGAAUGGGUUGGAGUGAUGGAUGAAUUGACUGUGUGACAAAACGGCACUUCUGACAUUUCGUUCAAUAAAUCCACAAAGCGAUAAGCUAAUCUAUUUUUACUCUGAACAGAUCAUAGAAAUUGGGGCAGAUGAGCGGACUGGAGUUUAUAUAUAUUUUUUUGGCAGUUGUGCUGAUAGUGAAUGCAGAGCCAGCUGUACCGAAAGAGCAGCGCUGUUAAAGCUGCCCGGAGGAGAAGAGAAAAGCCUGGAUCCAGGAUCCAAGGACAUAAGCUGAUUUGCAUCACGGGUGAAAUUAGAUUAGAGACAAAUCCACUUUUCUGUGUACUCCAUGUACUAAAACCCCCCAACAGCCGGGAAACGUCACACGGCACUGUGAUAUCAUGGGACAGUCGAGUUUCAAACGCUUCAGCAGCUGUAGGUGAGAUUUGAAUAGACUUUAAAAGAUAAUAUCCUGGAGUAAAAGGAUUUGUUAAAAAGAAACUAGUUAGUCAGUCCUAGUGACUGCUAACAACCACUAGGAGGAGCCAUGGCCACACCUUUUCUGGGUGAUACUACCUAGAAAUUGGGGCAAAAGUGAUCAGAGUCUGACUGGUCAUCUCAGAAAUGGGAAUAUGUGUGAUGAGAUGGAUGUGUUUGAAGAAUAGUGUUUCUGUGCAGUUCAUUUUAACACAAUUGGACUUGGUUUAUGUCGGAAGACUGCGUACCAGUGUGCACUCUGUAAUGGCUGUUUGUUAAAUAAUUUAUGUUUCUCAGUGCCUCUGUCCUCAUCCCAGGCUUCUCCUCUGUCCCCCCCCCGGUCUGAGCCUCUGCUGUUAGCCCUUCAGUUGACCAGCUCUGCCCCUCUACAACUCUAGUCCCAAAUCUGUAAACAGUAAAAUGCCCUUUCAUUUUUAAUGCUUCACAACAGAAUGUGCCAUAAUGUGUUAUCUCACCAGAGAUUUAUAUGAUUUUCAGUCAUAUUUUAAGCACUAUUUCCUGAAGAUUCUAAAAAGUUUAACGGUGGCUGAGUUGUUUUUGUGACUGCAUGCUUCUGUGCCCAAACUCCCAGUUGUAGCCUUGAGCAUUUGCAUCUGCUACCAGUCAACCUCCUGUAGUCCCCAAAACCACAGUCCUAGUUUCUGUUCCUUGGCCUCGGCUCUCUGCAGCUCAUCUCAUUUAAAGAGUGAGGAUUAAUCAGAACAGUGAGUGAUUUGGCUUUGCAGAUGGUGAAACCAACCCCUCGCAUCUGUCAUCUUAAAAACACCAAAUGUUGUAAACUUAUGAGGAGCUCUGGCCAAAUUGCUGUAGUGGCUCCUGGAUAAAGCACAGUUAUAAGCUGUGAUGGUACAGAGGGGAGGGGGGGAAAUUAGAUAUGGGGUAGGAAAGGGGGGGGGCAGUCCCGGUGCCAAGUCUGUCAAGCAUUGAUUCGCUUCCAGGAUCAGUCCUCGUCUCUUUUGCUGCCAUUAUCACUGCUGCUUAUCUUCUGGGUUGCAGGCUGGAGACUUGGCUAGAAAUGCACACUUCCAUACACACACUGUAAACACCCACACAUGCAAAUACACACACACACACACACACAUACACACACACUUUUUCUCUCCAUCCUUGUUUGUAAGUAAAGUUAUAAUGUGGUGCAGUCCUUUCUGAGGAUUAUCCAACACAUCCUACUGACCACAUAAGGCUAAGGUUACAUAGGGGUACAAGGGUAAGGUUACAUUAUACAUAAUUAUAACAAGGUUACAAUUCAAUAUAUUACAAUACUGUAAGCGAGGCGAUGUAUAGCACAUUUUAGGAAAACUGUCCAAAAGAACAGACUGAAAUCAGAGUUUAAAAAAAGAACAGUGGGAUCUGCAUUGGCCAUUUAUCACAGUCUCUGGACCAUCCAACAUCACAGCACCACUUUUUUGUACAAUCUGAACCAAUAUUUGCCAAGACUCUUUGCAUUAAAAAUGGAGGGUGUUUUUGCUAAUCGAUAACGGGUAUCCCACAAACACGAGGAUACUCAAGAGUAGCGAUAUUAUCUCACACUCCUACUGACAAGUCAGUCAGGAUUCCUCAGUGUGCCCCGUGGCCCUGCUGUCCUCAAAUAUCCCGACUAAUGCGUGUGAUCAUUCAGAGAAGAGACGGCGACACGUAGCUUCUUCAUAAUGAAUAACUCUGUGACCCUGCUGCUGCAUUGUCAUGUUAUUUGUUAUCAUUACACUAAAGGUAAUUAAUGCAGUUCAUCCAGUUUGAAUUUGAGACGGUAUAUGUAAGAUAAGUAAAGAUGGCAUGGCAUUGAAUGUGGAGGCUCCACUGGGCUGUUUUGGCAGGCAUCGGUAUCUCAGCUAUCUAAGAGUAGAACUUCCCCUUGGACUGUGGUCACUUCUUUUUAACUGAGUCAUUGUUAAGCAGCUUAAACCUACACCCCAGCAUGAUUAAACAGAUUACCUGCUCAGACAUCGAGAUUAGUCCUUGGGUGCUUCUGUAAACCCUCACCGCGGAGUGUGUGAUUUCUAAGGCUUUAGAGAGAGAUCUGCUGCGGUGAACACGUCUUUACGGGGACGUUUGAGAGCAUAAACACACACACACACACCUCAGACAGACAUUAUAUACGGUGCACACAUACUAUUGCAUAAUGCAUUGGACAAGACCAGGCAGAUCUACAGUGAGGAAAUCUAUGGUUGUGUCGGCGCUUUUGUGUGAAUUUAUGGCGUCUGCUGGACAGAAAAGCACGAGGCUAAAAUAUAAAUACGAACAAUCCAAAAGCAUGUAUUGGUUUGUUUUAAAUUUUACAUCGCAAGGACUGAAUAUUUUUUUUAAGCACAUGCAUCAAACAGGUCAGAGUGCCUGGAUGACUUUCAGUUAACUCUGUAUUUUGUUUGUAUUAGUCUAUUAGAAUAUAGAAUUUGCUUUAGCGUGUCAAACUGUAUAUUUCCCCUGUAUGUGAGGCAGCCCAGUCUAGUUUUGGCAAGGAGAUGUUCAAGUCAUCCUGUGCCCUCCAGUCUCUCUGCUGUCACAUAAAGGAGCACUUAGCUUAGCACACCUAAAGGGAAGCACUUAGAUCCCAUUAUUAACCCAUAACAAGCCCUGAGAGGGGCAGGGCCAGUUAGGCCUCCAUCAGUCUCCAUUCUCCAGGUCCAGACUGGUGCUCCUCCGCGCCCUAAUUGAUGUAUUCCCAUGUUGUCAGCCGACCUGGUGGCCGUGUAGAGCAGAGCUGAAUAGAGAACAUUGACAGGCGUUUCCCGGUAGCGGCCGGCCUGUGUGUACGUGUAUAAUUACUCAAAGAUUUGCAACACCAGGAGGUGUAAAAGGCGGGGGGGUGGGGGUCUGAUUGAGGAGACGACAUCUGAAUCUGCCGGUGUGGACAUGUGUGAACUGUAUGCACAAGGCAAGUGCAUACAAGUACAUCGUGUAUACCGUAUACAGUAGUUCCCCUGCUGAUGAACCAAUCGGGUGUUUCAGACUGAUAUCAGCAAGUAGAAGUGUGGUCUUUUUACACAAUAAACUUCUAGUCCUCAUAAACAAGGGACUCCACACACACACUCUUGCGAUGUGGCAUUUAAGCUAUUGUCCUUUGUCCAGUCCUCAUAAACAACGACUGACUCUUCUCUCCCUACUCUAUGGACUGCCUCUCAAACUGUUGAUGGGUUGCUCAUAAAUCCUGUUAGUGACAUAUUUAUAUCCUGGUUAAAUACCAUAUACGGCUGCAACUAAUGACUACUUUUAAUAUUUCAUUGGCGAUUAUUUUCUUGUGUAACAGGAAGGUACGGAGGACAGAAAUUAGUGGCAGCGCAGGAAUCACAGGCAGUCAGUUCUGCAGGUUUGUACGGGUUUUUAAUUAAUGAACCUCAAUAAACAGAAAACGUAGCUCAGUCCAGAGCUCGAUCAGUUGACUAUACAAACUAAACUAUAUCAGCCGGGCCGCUAGCUGACUUACCGAGCUUAAUCUUCUCCAUCCCGAGGAGAAAACAUUCUUCUCCGCUCGUCGUUUCCCCACUUGCCUUUUGUUCCCCUCCCCGAUGAGGAGAUCAGGAUCGGGUGUGUGUCUUCCCACACCUGAUCUCAAUGCUCUCCUGAAGGAGUGGGUGGAGCCUUCUGGCUGGAAUGUAGAUGCCAGCCACUACCCUGCCCCUCAGGCCCUUACACUUGAUUAAUCGAUUAGUGUAGUUUGUUCUACAAAGCAUCUGAAAAUGAAGAGAAAAGCCCAUCACAAUAGCCUUGAGCACUAGUUGAUGUCUUUAAAUGUCUUGUUAUGUCAACCAAUAGUCCAAAACCCCAAAAUAUUCUGUUUACACAGUUGUGCUUUAUUGUCUUAGCUCUAAUACAAUAUUCUGUUAGAAUUCUAAUGUCUACUCAGUACAUACUAAACGGAUUUGUGCUCUGAAAGUGCCCUUCUUUGUUGUUCUCCCAUUUUUCUUUUCCUGAUCCAAAUGUUUUGUGGCGUGUUUACUGAUUCAAAGGUAACGAGAGGGCGUCUCAUGCUGUGCAGAUUGUAAAGUCAUCAGACAUAUUUGGGGCUACAUUAAUAAACCGGACUUGACUCCACUAUGGUAGUCCUCUACUGACAUUGACAUUUCUUUCAAAUUUCCAUUGGUGAUAUCGCAAACGGUAUAUGUCCUUGCUUAUGUGUUUCUGAGACACAGAAUGUUAAACCGUGAUUAAUCAGUGAGUCACAAUGUGAUCAUCAGAAAGGCUGCUAUAUGUUUACAACAUACAGUAGUUCUCCAGCCCUCAAUUAUUUUGCAGAUAUCUUUGACUCUCCCAUAUUCCUCACCUUUUCUGUCUCCGAGUCUGCCACUGGAUGUGAUCAGGCCUGUCCUCCAGGCUGAUGUAAUGUCUUGUGUGCGUGGGUCUCAUCCGCGGCAUUGUCUGAGGGUUUUUGUGAGGUCUUCCUGUGGGCAGCGAGCCAUCUAUCUCCGCACCACCCUCACUAUGUGCUCUGCGAAGUUAUUUCUGGAUGUCAUGCUGCUAUGUUUUGUUCUCCAGUGUCUAAAAAUACACCCUUUACCUCGCUGGUCGUGGGCUUCAGAUACGACCUCCUAUUGUAUUUGAUCAGGGUGUGUAAGUGAUGUUAUUGUGUUUAAUACUUUGGCACAAGGCGGUUGGUUGGUGAAGGGAAUACUUUAAAGACACAUGGAGGCACAAACUCUCAUACAAACAGCUGCAGGGGAAGCAGCAAGGAGAUAGUGUCACCAUUGAUGUGUGUCUACAUGUUAUGUGUGUGUGUGUGUGUGUGUGUGUGUGUGGGUGCCUUAGGACCAGGGUCACCUCUGUCCCAGCUGUCUUAGGGGGUGCAAGCUUGUCGUGCCCCUAAGACUUGCAAAUACCCUUUCUGCUUCGCUCAACACAAAGCCGCCGUUUCUUCAGAGCGCACAUGUGCUACACUUCACAGCACGCACACACUGAGGCACCCGGACGGGCACACGACAUACCCCACGCAGACCAACUGCUCCCUCAAUCAAACGAUCCAGCACACGAGGUCUAAGCUCAGCCAAGUGGAGCAGCAUCAUGCUUUUUGUCUGGUGUAGGAAGGAUUUAAAAGUGAUUUCAGGAACAUGAUCAACUUAAUGAAACUGGAUAAUGCUAGGAAAACAAUUUGAUGGGACUGGGUUAUUUGAUUUACGCCUCCGAGUGCUUGGCUAGUCGGUGAUUGAGUGUCUCUUUGAGUCUUGGUGUGUCUCUGGGAUGACUGGAAUAGAGAAUCCUCAAAUCAAGACCUUUGACAAACGUGUAUAGCGUGAUAUUACUAUUUCAUUAAAAACAUUCCGGAGAAUAGUCGAUGUGAUAUGUAGCUAUGUAAGAGGAGCAGCUCUGACAGUUGGCUCGGCCUGACUACAGCAGUUGUAGUCAUGCACAUUUACUCACACACACACACACACACACACACACACACACACACACACACAGAAGAAAAGUGUGUCCCCAGGGGAAUAGGACCAGCCAUCUGCUGUUGGCCACAGCACUGGUCCAGGCCUCGCACACUCCCACACCGCUCAUAUAUACACACACACACGCAUGUCACAUUGAACUCAACUUUCCUCCAUACUAUACAUCCACCCCUCUGUAUACAUGCCCCCUCCUCCCUUUUACCACACACUUUUCUUGUUCCCUCUCUCUGCCACGUUUCGCCAUCUCUUGAACCGCAGAGAACAUCAGUCAUGGAUGUCUGUGUUCCCCAGAUGGACCUUGGAAAUCCAGGCUCCCCUCGGCCACAUCAAAGCUAGUAGGGAGUUCCCAGCAGGAGACUGCUACUCACUGCUGUAACUUCAGAAGUUUAGGUGGUUUGACUCAAGGACAGCGUGGGUAAAUACUUUGUCUGGGGGGUCUCCCGUCUCUCUCCGAUUGCUCCGCGUACAGCAUUUGUACUCCGGCAUGUGGAGGAAGUAGCUCGUGCUCCGGGAGAAUGUACACUUGUGCUUUUCAGUCUACAUAGACACGGCGGAGCAUUAAAACAACUGUUGGGAGUCAGCGGAGCGAGAAAACCGUAGUGUUUCUUCAGGAUACUAGGACCGAAGAUGUACUGGGAGCUGUGGCUGAGCCAGGUCACGGCCAGUGCCGCGCUGCAGUGCAUGCUGGUCAAGAACAAAGAAGCUCUCCACCGGCCGUUCGGCCUGGACUCCGCAGCGCUGACGGAGGCGGUGCGCUGGAGCUCCAAGGAGAACCUGCUGGGAGCGGCCGAGAGCGACCCCAACCUCUUCGUUGCACUUUAUGACUUUGUCGCCAGCGGAGACAACACGCUCAGCAUCACUAAAGGUGAGAAGCUGCGCGUGCUGGGCUACAACCAGAAUGGAGAGUGGAGUGAAGUGCGCUCUAAGAACGGCCAGGGCUGGGUGCCCUCCAACUACAUCACGCCAGUCAACAGUCUGGAGAAGCACAGCUGGUACCACGGGCCAGUGUCGCGCAGCGCCGCCGAGUACCUGCUCUCGUCCCUCAUCAACGGCAGUUUCCUGGUCCGGGAAAGCGAGAGCAGCCCCGGACAGCUGUCGAUUUCCCUCCGCUAUGAGGGGAGAGUCUACCACUACCGGAUCAACACAUCCUCCGAUGGAAAGGUGUAUGUGACGUCUGAGAGUCGUUUUGCCACCCUGGCCGAGCUGGUCCACCAUCACUCCACCGUAGCCGAUGGCCUGGUCACCACCCUGCACUACCCAGCUCCCAAAUGUAACAAGCCCACAGUGUACGGCGUGUCGCCCAUCCACGACAAGUGGGAGAUGGAGCGCACGGAUAUCACCAUGAAGCACAAGCUGGGAGGAGGCCAGUAUGGAGAGGUGUACGUGGGAGUGUGGAAGAAGUACAACCUCACGGUGGCUGUCAAGACACUCAAGGAGGAUACCAUGGAAGUUGACGAAUUUCUGAAAGAAGCAGCAGUUAUGAAGGAGGUUAAACACCCCAACCUCGUUCAACUACUAGGUGUGUGUACGUUGGAGCCUCCGUUCUACAUCGUAACAGAGUACAUGCCACACGGCAACCUACUGGACUACUUAAGAGAUUGUGACAAGGAGGAGGUGAACGCUGUGGUGCUGCUCUACAUGGCUACACAGAUCUCCUCUGCUAUGGAAUACCUGGAGAAGAAGAACUUUAUACACCGGGAUCUCGCAGCGAGGAACUGCCUGGUCGGGGAGAAUCACGUUGUGAAGGUUGCAGACUUUGGCCUGAGCAGGUUGAUGACUGGCGACACUUAUACCGCCCACGCUGGGGCCAAGUUCCCCAUCAAAUGGACCGCACCGGAGAGCCUUGCAUACAACACCUUCUCAAUCAAGUCUGAUGUCUGGGCAUUCGGGGUGCUGCUGUGGGAAAUUGCCACCUACGGCAUGUCUCCGUACCCUGGAAUCGAUCUGUCUCAGGUCUAUGACCUCCUGGAGAAAGGUUACCGCAUGGAGCAGCCCGAGGGAUGCCCGCCCAAAGUCUAUGAACUCAUGAGAGCAUGCUGGCAGUGGAGCCCUUUGGACCGGCCUUCGUUUGCAGAGAUCCACCAAGCCUUUGAAACAAUGUUCCAUGACUCCAGCAUCUCUGAAGAGGUAGCAGAGGAGCUCUGUAAGACGGCCUCCUCUGGUCACUGCGGACCACUGCACCCGUUCAGUCACGACAUGCCCCUGUUGCCUUCCAAAUCUCGCACACUCCACAAGCACACAGAAAACAAGGAAAACAUUGAGGGUGGACUGGACGGACGAUCUGACCACGGCACGCACGGUCACUCAGAGAGAACCAUGCCAAGCUGGGCUUCCACCUUGUUAGGAGGGGACGGCAGAUCGGGCAGCUCCCCGGCUCUGCCCAGAAAACAGCUGCCGCGAGAUAAAUCUCCCGGCAGCCUUUUAGAGGACACACAGGACAUGGGCACGUUUACGCGAGACCGCAAGACUGGCUUCUUUAGCUCCUUCAUAAAGAAGAAAUCCUCCUCCUCUUCCUCCUCGCCGUCGUCUCAGCUCCAACAGAACCUCCCGACGCCGCCCAAGAGGAGCAGUUCUUUCCGGGAGAUGGAAACGCAGCCUCACAAGAAAUACGAGCCCACCGCUGAUUUCAGCGCUCCUCCUCCCCAACCCCAUUCGGACAGUCUUAGUGGCUUUUCUGCCUCUCCCUCUCACUCCCAUGGAGAACCCGCCCAGCCUCAGUCACGCUGCUGUGGGGCUGCUUUUGGACAGAAACCCUCUGGUGGGGGGCUUGCUUCACAGGUGACCAGCGGCAGCAGUUGGAGUGGGCUGGCUGGGUUUUUUACCCCUCGACUCAUCAAAAGGACUCUGGGGCUACGGACAGGAAAGACCACCUCUUCAGAGGAGGGUGGGAGUAUAGCAGGAGGGCCUAAACCCUUUCCUAGGUCCAAUUCUACCUCCUCAAUGUCAUCUGGGCUGCCAGACCUGGAGCGCAUGGCUCUGACUUUACCCAGGAACCGCUGUGCUAAACCCCCUCUAGAGAGGACUGCCUCCACUACCUCCCAGCCAGAGAACGGGGCCGCACGGCCCUCGGAAACUCUGCUGAGGAGGAUGGAUGAGGGGACUGCACAGAUCAGGGAAAGGCCCAAAGCCAAGCUAUUACCCCGAGGCGCUGCUGUAGGGGUGAGGGCGCCGGGGGUUGGGGGGGAGGUGGGGGAAUCGGACAGUCUGUCUCGGGUCAAGGAGGGCAGAGAGGAGGGUGGGGGAGGACUGGACAGGCAGCAGAGUUGGUCGACUCCCUCGAAGACUUCUAAUUCGAUAGCGUCAUCGGCCGCAGCAGGUGCGCCAACUCACAACCACAAAGUUCCGGUCCUGAUCUCUCCCACGCUGAAGCACAGCCCAGCUGACGUGCACCUGGUCGGACUGGACUCUCAGGGGAACCGCUUCAAACUGCUGUCUGAGCACCAAGCAGACCGGGACAGGCCGCGACUUGUCAAACCCAAGUGUGCUCCUCCUCCCCCUCCCACCCUGCGCAGCCUGCAACACUCGUACAGCGGUGACGGGGAGGAGCAGGCAGGAGGAGCACCGGUGGAAGUAAACGGAGACACAUUGAAAGGUCACAGGUCGGGACGAAUGUCGGGUGGCACGACGACGGGCAGACCAUCUGUGCCGCCACCGCAAGUGCCUCCCGCAUCCUCCUCCUUUUCUCCAUCCUGCCCCGCCUCCAUCAACACGACUCCCACCAAAAUGGCCAACGGGGCCGCCACCACGGCCUCCUCUUCACACACAGCGUCAUCCGCCGCUUCCAAAGUGGCACUGCGGCGAACCAGGCAGCAGACGGAGAGGGUGCCCCUGGAGCGCGUUAGCCGCGUGGCCCUGCUGGAGUGCGCCGAGUGCCUGAGCAGCGCCCUCCACGCCAGCUCCGAGAGCCCCUCCAGCAGCCAGGUGCUGGACGCUGGCCACCAGCUGCUAGACUACUGCUCAGGUUACGUGGACUGCAUCCCUCAGAUGAGGAACAAAUUUGCCUUCCGAGAGGCGGUGGGGAAGCUGGAGCUCAGCCUGCAGGAACUGAGGGCCUCGUCCUCCGGAGGUGGAGUGCUGAGCGGCGUGGGGCCCACCACUGUACAGGACAACCUGCACAGCUGUAUUAAAGAGAUUAGUGACGUAGUACAGAGGUAGCCACUGUGACAGCUCCAACCGUCACACCCCCCAACUACCCAACAGACUGCUAAUAUUCCUUUUUAUGUUCUGGUUCUUUUGACAGCUUUAUGGGGGACGAAAUGAGAUGAAUCUCUCUAAGUACCUCAGAGAAAUCACUACAAAAUCUAUUCUUUUUACUGUUUACAAACGACUGUUUCAUAAAAUGCCAGUGUGGACACUAGUUUUGCUCUGACCUACAAGUAUUCAAUAACGUUUUUGCCAAACUUAACGUGGUUUAAGUCGCACCAUGACAUGUUUAGCCCCUCGCCUCCACCUGGCCGUGAUAAAGGCCUCUUCGCUAAAUGAAUGUCGAGUGUAUCGACUGUGUGAAGGCAAAGUGGACGCUCACUCUGCUCAUCUGUCAGUCAGUCACAUACCGAGCGAGAGUGAUGGUGGCUGUGAUCAGCCUUACUGAGAAUACUAGACGACUGUUUUCACUGACGAAGCCCGAACAGUGUUUCACAAAUGAGUGACGCAUCAGUUGGAUGUAUUGUGUUUCGCAGUAUUCGAGUAUUUUGCUCAGUGUCUGGGGAACUAAGUGAUCAUAAGCCAUUUUUUUGAAAGCCAUUAUAUUCUAAAGGAUUGGAAACGACAUCAGGAUUCAAGGUUUUGAGGUCACAAUUUGCAGUUUUAUUCUGUGUGCUUAUUUUCAUGAGUGAUUUUAAGUAGAUACUGAAAUGUGAUAAAAUAUCAAAUCUCUCCAAAACUGCUCAUGUUCAUAUCGGACUAAAGCCUUGUUUCUGAGAAUAAUCCUUUAAGUAUAGUCAACUGUUUAGACGCAGACAUUCCCACGAGUCCACACAAGGCGACCGUUGUGAAAAACAGACUGAAGGGAUCACUUGCAGCAUUGAAGCUCGUGUGCAUCUGACAAGCGUGUAAAUAUGCUCAAAUGAAAUGUUACGUGUGCGUUUCAGUAUUGCCAAAUACAGGCUUAUCAAAUCUAAAAAGAUUUUAAAUCUAGAAAAGAUUUAUUCGGUUCCAAAACACAAUAAAGAAUGUGGGCUGUUUUGUCAAAUGCACGGCAUUUGUCUUUGCUUCAGUGUCGUGACUCAUGUUCACACCGUAACACAGUGCCACAUAAAUGGGGGGGGGGGAAAUCCCCAGUCUCCUAAAGCAUUUCAAUAUUUAUGUCCAGUUAUCCUUGCACACUGCAUUUCUUCCUUGUAUGAUGGAGCAUAAAGGAGUGAGGAGGGGGGGGGGGGGGGGG